AUGACUCGUAAACAAUUUAUAUCAAUUUAUAAAUCUUUAUUUCCUAAAGGUGAUGCUGAACGUUUUUCUCGUCAUAUAUUUCGUGGAUUUGAUCUUGAUAAUUCACAUACAAUUGAUUUUCAUGAAUUUUUUAUUGGUUUAUCAUUAAUAUCAGCAACAAAUUCAAUAAAAACAAAACUUGAAUGGACAUUUAAUGUUUUUGAUAUUGAUGGAAAUGGUUUAUUAACACGAUGUGAAUGUUUAGAAGUUAUUGAUGCUAUUGUUCGAUGUUAUUUAUCAACACAAAAUAAUACAAUAAAUUCAAAUAAUGAACAAAUAAUUUAUGAAACUAAAAGAUCAAUGAUGAAUAUAUUUGAUAAUAUUAGCCAUAAUCCGACUGAUAAAUUAACUAAAUCACAAUUUGUUGAAGGUUGUUCAAAAGAUCCAUUUAUUUCACAAUUAUUAGCACCAACAACAAAUACAGUAUUAAUAAAUACGCAAGAUACAAAUAAUAAUCAGUCGAAUGAUUCAUGA